AUGACCAAGUCACAGGAGGCAGUGACGUUCAUGGACGUGGCUGUGGUCUUCAGUGAGGAGGAGCUGGGGCUGCUGGAUGCUGCCCAGAGGAAGCUGUACCAUGACGUGAUGCUGGAGACCUUCAUGAACCUUCUGUCAGUGGAAGCGCAGAGUCCAAACAAGAUGGAGUCUCUUCAUGAAACGGGAUUUAGGUUGGUUUCGCUGGGGCAGCCUCCAUGCUGGCAAAUGGCAAGCCAUGAUGUCAUCAAACUGGCCAGAACUCCAGAAGCUGAAAUAAACACUCAUGGAAAGGGUCCUCACUUCCUGGAGCAGUGUCACUCCUCCUGCCACAUGGGAGCAGAAGAGACUCCCCGGGCCUCUGAGGGUGAUGGCUGUCCUGAGAGUCUCACAAGGGACCUUUCCAGCAUUACUAAAAUCCAUGAAUUGCUGUUCUGGAUAGCUCAGAGUUCUUGGAAUAAAACACAUCUUACCCAGAGACAAAACCAUCAGAAACAGUGUCUGCAGACUCCAGUGCAAAAGAAGCCACAGCUGUUGGAUUUGGGUGUUGACAUUCUGAGCUGCCCUUCCAACCAUAAUAACAAUAUCCUGCAUAAAACAGACAAAGCCCACAGCAGCAGUGACCUUGGUAAAGUCAUCUUUCCUGUGUCACCUGUCACCCAGCAUCAUGUUUACACAGAACAGAAGACUUCCCAGUGCAGCCAGGGCCAAGAAGCCUUCACUGACAGCCCCAGUCUGGAACUCCAUCAGCAGGCCCUCUUGGGAAAGGAGUCCCCCGUGCAUAGUACACAUGAGGACACCGGCCAUAGCUCCAAUGUCCCCAUUCAACAAAGUGCUCAUCCAGGGAAAAAGCGCUACUGGUGUCACAACUGUGGCAAGGGUUUCAGUCAGAGCUCAAACCUUCAGACUCACCAGAGAGUGCACACGGGGGAGAAGCCCUAUACCUGCCCCGAGUGCGGGAAGAGCUUUAACCAGAGCUCACACCUGUAUGCUCACCUGCCCAUCCACACGGGGGAGAAGCCGUACAGGUGUGACAGCUGCGGGAAAGGCUUCAGCCGCAGCACAGACCUCAGUAUCCACUGCCGAGUGCACACGGGAGAGAAGCCUUACAAGUGUGGGGUGUGUGGGAAGGGCUUCACACAGAGGUCACAUCUCCAGGCCCACGAGAGAACUCACACAGGAGAGAAGCCGUAUAAGUGCGGAGACUGUGGCAAAGGCUUCAGCUGUAGCUCGAACCUUCACACCCACCAGAGGGUCCACACUGAGGAGAAACCGUACAGGUGCGACAAGUGCGGGAAGAGCUUCAGUUUGAGUUUCAAUCUUCACAGCCACCAGCGGGUCCACACGGGUGAGAAGCCAUAUAAAUGUGAGGAGUGCGGGAAGGGAUUCAGUUCGGUCUCAAGCCUCCAAAGUCACCAGCGGGUCCACACAGGAGAGAAGCCAUUUCGCUGCGACGUGUGUGGGAGGGGCUUCAGUCAGAGCUCAUAUUUUCAAGCCCACCAGAGAGUUCACACCGGGGAAAAGCCGUACAGGUGUGACGAGUGUGGGAAGCGUUUUAACUGGAGCUUGAACCUUCACAAUCACCAGAGAGUCCACACUGGGGAGAAACCCUACAAAUGUGAGGAGUGUGGCAAAGGCUUCAGUCAAGCCUCCAAUCUCCAGGCCCAUCAGAGCGUCCACACUGGCGAGAAGCCGUUCAAAUGCAACUCGUGCCAGAAGCGGUUCAGUCAGGCCUCGCACCUCCAGGCCCACCUGAGGGUGCACACGGGGGAGAAGCCCUACAAGUGUGACACGUGUGGGAAAGCCUUCAGCCAGAGGUCUAAUCUCCAAGUCCAUCAGAUAAUUCACACCGGGGAGAAGCCAUUCAAGUGUGAGGAGUGUGGGAAGGAAUUCAGCUGGAGCGCUGGGCUCAGUGCUCACCAGAGAGUCCACACAGGAGAGAAACCCUACACGUGUCAGCAGUGUGGAAAGGGCUUUAGUCAGGCUUCACACUUCCAUACACACCAGAGGGUCCACACCGGGGAGAGGCCCUACAUCUGCGGCAUCUGCUGUAAGGGCUUCAGUCAGAAAUCACAUCUCAUCUACCACCAGCGGGUCCACACUGCAGGGAACCUCUAG